AUGGGCAGAGGUGAUCAGCGGAUGGCAGACAUCACGAGUGCUUCAGCUGAGCACAUGUUCCAAAUGUCGUCUAUAAUAUGCAUGCUCUUUGGCCGCUGUUUGUUCUUAGAAGCCGCGGGGGUGGGCCCGCUGGAGGGGCGAGGGGCUGCGGGCGAGGGGGGCGGGGCGGGGGGCGCAGAUGCGCGCGCGCCGCCGCCGCCG